AUGGCAGAUAUUCUAGAUAUAUUAGAUAUAGAACAGCCUAGUGCAUCUGAAAUAACUAAAGAUAGUAUAAUACAUGGUGAUAAAAAUAAGAAAAAGUAUGUUACUGCAAAAGCAGUCCGAAGGCCUGAGGGAAUGCAUCGUGAAGUGUUUGCGUUGCUGUAUAAUGAUAACAAAGAAUUGCCACCUUUAUUGCCUACUGAUACUGGUAAAGCAUACAAACAAAAUAAAGCUAAGCUUGGUAUGCGGAAAGUUAGAAAGUGGGCCUGGGCACCGUUUACAAACCCAGCUCGGAAAGACAAUGCUGUAUUUCAUCACUGGAAAAGAGCUGCAGAGGAAGCUAAAGAAUAUCCUUUUGCACAAUUCAACAAGCAAGUAUCUAUUCCAUCAUACUCUGAAUCAGAGUAUAAUCAAUACUUGAAAUCAGAAGACUGGAGUCAAGCUGAAACUGACCAUUUAAUGGACUUGUGUCAAAGAUUUGAUCUCCGCUUCAUUAUUAUUCAUGAUAGAUGGGACAAAGCUGCUUUUAGAGAUAGAAGUGUUGAAGAUUUAAAGGAAAGAUAUUACAACAUUUGUGCAAUUUUGAGUAAGGUCAAAACAAAUCCCUGGUCAAAUACAGUCACAAUGGUGAAUGGUGAAAAGAGAGUGUACCACUAUGAUGCAGACCAUGAAAGAAAGAGGAAGGAACAGUUGAAGAGACUGUUUGAAAGGACCCAAGAACAAAUUGAUGAAGAACAGAUGCUGUUGACUGAAGUAAAGAAGAUUGAGGCAAGAAAGCGGGAAAGAGAAAGAAAGACACAGGAUCUCCAAAAACUCAUAUCUCGGGCUGACAGUGGUGGAAAUAAUAUAAUCCAAACAAACAUUAAUGAUGGGGCCAAUACUCUGACAAGUGCAUCUAGUAUAGCUAGGCGCCAUGACCGAAAGUUACAUAAAAAAAAAAUAUCAUCACAACAAAGACCUGUUCGCGCUGUUGAAGCAGUGACAGUAGAAUGGGCGGGCAUAAAGUUUCCCGAGGCUCGUGGUACUGGCGUUUGGCUACGCUCUCAGCGUAUGAAGUUACCUCCUGGAAUUGGUCAGAGGAAGACAAAAGCGUUAGAACAAGAAUUGCGUCUCAUGUCUAUAGAUAUCGCACCCACACCUACAGAAGCCAUUUGUAAGCAUUUCAAUGAGUUGCGGUCUGAUUUGGCCCUAGUACUGGAUUUAAAAAAUGCAUUGGCCUCAUGUGAAUUUGAACUGCAAGCACUGCGGCAUCAGUAUGAAGCACUAAAUCCGGGAAAAACCCUGACAAUACCACCAUCAUUGUGCAAUACCAACACUGAUGGAGAAUCAAAACCUGUUGGUGAAAUAAUUGAUGUUGUAGGCUCACCAAGUACAUUAAAUAACACUAUUUAG